AUGGCUAACGAGUAUAGAGAUUACUUUAAACCGCUUAUUGAUUUAGAGUAUGCUGUUAUCUCAGAGAAAUCGUAUAAUAAAAACAUCCAAUUGGUCAAGAGGGAUGAACUCUUUAAUCACUAUUUAGAUAGAUUCAUUGGUCUAAAUGAACAGAAAUUAAUUACCUUUAUAUUUAGUUCACACCAGGUCAAGAGAAAAGGUAAAAAAGAUGUUAAUCAAUAUCUUUAUUUGGUUGAAAUAGUUAAUAGAGAUCAAGAAAUGAUAGAUGCACGUGUUAAACUUUAUCGAAAGUUUAUAGAUGACCGAAUUGCUAGUAAUCAGAAGAAUAUGAUAACACAAACACCACCACAACCAGUUAGUAAAAAUAAUAAUAAUAGUAAUAAUAAUAAUAAUGAUAUAAAACUACCAUUAAAACCAAAAUUAGAGGAUACAAGUUUGCAAAAACAGAUAGUCACAACACAACAAACAAUUGAAAAACAAAAAGAGUUGAUACAAAGUUGGCAACGACAACUACCACUGAGACUAGAGGACACGAGUGCGCAAAAACAGAUAUUCACAACACAACAACAAACAAUCGAUAAACAGAAAGAGUUAAUACUGAAUUUGCAACUACAGUUACAACAACUUAAGAAACGCCACCAAGAGGAGCUAGAACAGACAACUAAAGGCUGGCAGGAAAUCGUGGAGAAUCAAAGAGAUUAUCAACAGCAACAAUACGAAGAUAAUUUGAAGGCGAUGCAAACGAUGGCCGAUCAACAUCAAGAGGAGCUGGAACACAAACAAGAGACAAUCAAAAGCUGGGAGGAAAUGGUGGAGAAUCAGAGACAGUAUCAACAGAGACAACACGAAGAGAAUUUAAAGGCUAGACAAAUAAUGGUGGAAGAACAUCAAGUGGCAUUGAACAAUUGGGCAAAAAUAACAGAACAAAACAAACAUUCUAUUCAGAAUUGGAUGAAAACCGCACAGUACAAUCGAGAACAAACUCAAGUAUGGAUGGAUAUUGCACAACAAAAACAGGAAACAAUACAAAAGAUGAUCGAUGAACGAAAAGCGCCAGAUCCACCAAUCAGUCUACAACGCAAAGAGGAGUCAUUUCAACAAAUCAAACAACAAUAUUUGGGUGUACAGACUUCAGCGAAACAAAUAAUUGACCAAAUAAUGGAUAGAUUCUAUAAAGAAAAUGAAGAAGAAAAAGAAAAAGAGAAAGAGAAAGAAAAAGAUAAAGAGAAAGAUAAAGAGAAAGAGAAAGAGAAAGAGAAAGAGAAAGAGAAAGAGAAAGAGAAAGAGAAAGAGAAAGAGAAAGAGAAAGAGAAAGAGAAAGAGAAAGAGAAAGAGAAAGAGAAAGAAAAAGAAAAAGAAAAAGAAAAAGAAAAAGAAAAAGAAAAAGAAAAAGAAAAAGAAAAAGAAAAAGAAAAAGAAAAAGAGAAAGAGAAAGAGAAUGAAAAAGAGAAAGUGAAGGUGAAGGUGGAGGAGAAAGAGAAAGAGAAGGUGGAGGAGAAAGAGAAAGAGAAGGCGGAGGAGAAAGAGAAAGAGAAGGUGGAGGAGAAAGAAAAAGAAAAGGAGGAAGAGAAAGAUGAAGGAAAAAGAGAAUGA